AUGAUGCAAAUCAGCGACCCGGCCUGCAACAAGCACUCGCUCCUGAACGUGAUGAAUCGCUUCAUCGCAGCUGCCAAUAACAUGGACGAGACCAUCAUGGUGCCAAGCCUGCUGCGAGACGUGCCACUGGAGGAGCAGCUGAAGAGUGAAGUGGAAGCGAACAACAACCAAAUGCCAUGUCCCAAUAAACAACGGGACAUGUACGAGCACUACCUGCUGCUCAAAUCUAUAAAGAACGACAUGGAAUGGGGUAUGCUCAAGAGGGAGAUGAGCAGUGGUGCCAGCUUCCUGGAAAUGGCAAUGAAACAGGAGGAGAAGCAGCAGCCUGUGACCGGAGAGCUGCCUCAAGAGGACAACUCUGACCUGGAGCACCAGUUUCACUAUCAUCUCAGGGGACUGUUUGGCGUCUUGUCUAAACUCACAGUACAAGCAGACCACCUCACCAACAGAUACAAGCGAGAGAUCGGAGGAGGGAACUUCAUGAGAUAA